AUGGUGGGCCUCCAAAGUUGAUCCGUCUGCCAGCCAGUACCUGGAGGAGGCAGUACCAAGUACUCGGAUACAUUUCCCUAUAAGUCCAUAGGCUUAACACUAGCUAGAGACUUCUAGAGAUAUUUUGUAUGCCAGAUAAGGCCGUCGCAUACCAGAUAAGGCCGCAAUGGCCGUUCAACGUUACGUGGGGAAAUUGGAGAAAUCUAAAGACUUUUUUCUCUCUGACGUCUCCACUCCGCAACUGGCAAGCGUUGUUAGCAUUGGCUCGUGUCGUCGUAAAUAAGAUUUGUUUGACGGAUAUUCCGUUAGUUGAGUGUGUUGUUGUAAUUUCUGAGGCUGUAUGAGUUGGACGGAAUGGCGCCAUCCCGCCAAGUGCGAAAUCGGCGGUGUAGUGUGAAGGGUUGUGGAAAAACAAAGGCUGAUUGUCAUUUGUCCCGAUCUCAACUUCUUCCAUGUUCCGAAAAACCGUGUCAAGAGACUUGGUUGGGUGGCUGUCCUAGAAGAUGGCUUGGCGGACAAGCAGGUUGACGAAGCACUUGUGUGUAGCUGCUACUUCAACCCUCAAGAUCUUUUGCUUGGAGAAAGGGCUAGAACGUCACCACAUGCCGUACCGUCAAUAGCAGUCGUGGAAGGUCGUCGUGUAGCGCGGCGCUCCGCCAGCUGCUGUGCUGGGGUUGGCGGCGCUCAGCAGCUACCAGCUGAUGCAGCGCGCCGUGCUCGCUCGCCGCGGCGCAGUGUUUAUAGCGCGUGCGCCGGGCGCUGACGGCAGUCGUCUGGCAGCGACAGCUCUGCCGGUGACGGCACACGCUGCUGCUGCAGAAACUGGACAAGGGCCUGCUUGGGCUCCUGGUCCUGGAUCGGUACGCCGGCUCAGUCACCUGAUGACGGCGGCGCACAGCGUGACCUACCCGCCCUACAGCCGGCCCAGCAGGCGGACGGAGAGGCCCGCCCGGGCCCAGUGCCGCACGGAGAGGCGGUGGCGCUGGAGGCCAACACCCCGGCUCGCGACCUGUAGCUGACGGUGCUGGAGCCGCGAGUCACCGUGUUGGCUGGCCAUGGAGACUUGGAAAAGGCCGGUGAGGUGCGUCUCCAGCUGCGCUGUCAGACGAUCCAGUGGAACGAGCAGCAGCCCAUGUACCCGUCCCGGCUGUGCCGGUGUGUCUCCCAGCUUGAGCGGCGCCGGCCGACCGCUGCGCUGCUCUACAACUGCCACGUCCACACACGAUGCACGGUGACGGCUGACCAGGCGGUGCUGGUCUCGACCGCGGCCGACGGCCAGCCCGCCCAGGAGCACCAGGUCGCCUCGCUCUCCUCAGCCUCGGUCUACUGGAAGGCGCUGCUGGCGCCGGCCCUGUGGGCCGGCUCCCAGCACCCGCUCACAGAGCAGGUGUGCCACGCCGACUGGCUGCACUGCGCCGACGACCGGGGGACCGCCGGCGCUGAGCCGGCCGGCUCGCAGCUGGACCUGCCACUAGAGACGGACCUGUGCGACCUGGACGUGCGGCUGUGUCAGACCGGCUGGUGCUGGGCCGGCGCCGCCCGGUGCGCUGUCAGGUGGACGGCCGGCCCGUGCUGGCCGCGCCCCAGGCGGCCGACGCGCCGGCUCCCGGCGGCGGCGGCGAGCGGGCGGUACGGGCGCUGCUGCAGCUGCCGACAGCUGCCGCCGCCGCGGACAGCUGCCCGCUGCUGGUGGUCGUCUCCGAGCCGGCCCUGCUCUGCUGGCAGCCGGCACUGCUGCUCUGGCUGUCCCUGGCCACUCAGCUGGCCAGCAGCUGAGUGGCCCGGCGCCGCCGCCACUACCCCAGCCGCCCGAGCCGCCGCCGCCGCCGCCAUGGAUGUGCCCCGGCCGCAAGGACACUCGGGUACCUCGCGAUCGGCACGGAGCCACACCACGGAGAGGAACCUACCCGCAGUGUCACCCAACACCUCCGCUGCGGCGGCCGUCUCCCCCACUCCGCCGGCGCCGCCCGCCGCUCCGACUUUGGCCUGGCUGCCGGCCCUGGAGCGUCUGGAGGUGCGCCUUCAGAUCAGCGCGGUCACCGUCACCGUUCCGGCCGGUCCAGAGAGCGGCGGCGGGGCGGCCGGGGACGCGGAGCGGACGGCGGACCCGCUCCCGGCCGCGGCCGGCCACCACCCGGCGCCGGUACCGGGCCGGGUCCGCAGCAGCAGCGACUCGGGCCACCGGUACUGCCUGCACGGACAGCUGGUCUCUGUGCUGCCGUCAGUCCGACUGGACAGCGCUGCGCUCAAAUCGGCCGCCCUGCCGACAGUGCCGGAGGUGCCCGUCCGACUCACCAGACCUUCAGCGGCCGCAGCCGGCUCCCAGCUGCGCUCGCCGAGCUAGACGCAGCAGGUGAUGUCGCCGUCGGUCGUGGUGCGCGACUGUGCGUCCAUCCCGUGUCCAACGCCCCCCCCCCCCCCCCCACACCGCGCGCUGCUGCCGGGCCCGCCGUCGUAGUUUUAUGGCCUUGCGCCGUCAGUCGCCAGCUGGUGGUGGCGACCCGUGAUCGCUCGCGUACGUUCGCCGGCGCGCCCAUUGCAGAGAAGGGGUUCGCGCAUGCCCAUUGUAGAGGGGCGCGCCCCUUGCGGAGGCGGUACGCGCUACGCUGUAGACAGUAAUGCUUGUUGGGUAGCCCCUUUGCACAUUGUUUGUUCAUGGAUGUAAAUACAAGUUACAUGACUGAU